AUGCUGCUUCCAGAGGGACUGUGGACUAGCAACUCAUAUGAGGAGUUGCAUAAGAACGUAACAUCUCAGGUAGCACCGAGGAUUCCAAUUGAGCGACAGAUAGCAGACAAUGCUAUCCGGAGACUUCUUCGCCGUCAGCGACUCGCAUCAUUUCACCCUUUCUCAAGACUCAAAUUCUUGCUGACACACGGCUUGGGAAUGGCAUCAAGCUUCUGCAAGAGAAAAUGA